GAUCCUUAAAACGUCUUGCCUGCGUGACAACACGAACAUGAAUGAAUGUUACACGGAUGUCCGCAGUGUCGUUUUUCCCCGCAGGGUGGCGCAAUUUCCCAUAUUCUAGAAAUUACACAAAGAAAGAGGUUGUAAUUCACAUCAUUGAACCGCGAACAUCACGACCGCAAUUGUCUAUCAGAUGUUGGAUUUAGUUGUGCGAUCUUUUAGACACUGAAUGUUUUAAACAGCACAUGUCUGGCGACCGGAAGCAGGCACAACAGAGGCAGUGCUGUGACUAAGCGAGAGUAAUAACGUUACUCAAGUGUGCUCGAUAUGUGUCUCUGAUACUGCGGGUGGAAAGUUGGGUGUCAAGGACCAGCGAAUGUACAGCGAGGAAUAUGGUGUUGUUUUUAUAUGAGCAGUGGUUCAAUGCCUUUUCCUCUUCCUGGUAAGAUUAGCGGAAGCCAGCAGUACAGUAGUGUGUUUUUCUCUUCAUCUGCAGCUGCAGCCGGUUGGUUGUGACAGUCAGCGAUCCGCUUCCCGGUGUGUUUCAUUAACGGACAAACAUCUGAACAUCUUCUCAGCGGCGUUGGACUAUUUAUUACUGAGCAGGUAUAUCAGCGAUACACUGAUUUCUGAAGAUGACGGGUAAAUCAGUGAAAGACAUUGACCGCUAUCAGGCUGUUCUCACAUCUCUUCUCGCGUUAGAGGAAAACAAGUUUUGCGCUGACUGUCACGCCAAAGGUCCCAGAUGGGCAUCCUGGAAUCUUGGAAUCUUCAUUUGUAUCCGCUGUGCGGGAAUCCAUCGGAAUCUUGGCGUGCACAUAUCACGAGUUAAAUCUGUAAACCUGGACCAGUGGACUCAUGAGCAGAUACAGUCUGUUCAGGAGAUUGGGAAUGCCAAAGCUCGGCGACUAUACGAGGCCUUUUUACCAAAGUGCUUCCAGCGCCCAGAGACAGACCAAGCUGCUGAGAUUUUUAUCCGUGACAAAUAUGAUAAGAAGAAAUAUAUGGAUCAAUGCAUUGACAUCCAGUCCUUCAGGAAAGAAAAGAGUGAGGCAGUGACGAAAGAGGUUCCUGUUGUUUUUGAAAAGAUGAAGCUGAAAAAAGAUGAGUCGCAACAAUUCAAAAACAGUCCAAAGCAGUCACAGUCAGUUAAUGACUUACUAGGACUAGACGCCCCUGCUCCUCAAGCUACCGUGCCCAAUGGCAAACCAAGCACUAAACUCAGUCCUGCCCUCGACCUCUUUAGCUCUCUGCCUGCUGCCGUCAGCAGCUCAAACUCCUCCAGGAGCACGCCUAGCUCAGGGUCCAUGCCCACUGGACGGGUAGCAGCAUCAGUGCCUGAAAACCUCAGCCUGUUUCUGGAUCCCCCCUCCAAAAGUGAGGACAGCGGAAAAAAGAUGUCUAAGGACUCAAUCCUGUCCCUGUAUGGCAGUAAAGCACCACAAACAAACAUGGCUGCUCAUGCUGGCAUGUACAUGGGAGCAGCCCAGAUGGGCUAUGUCCCUGCUGCAGGAUACGGCCAAUACCAGGCCCUAGGUGCCCAGCAGGGCAUGAUGGGGCCUAUGAUGGCUCCACAGCUGAACAUAGUGGGACAGGCAGGUGUCAUGCCGCACACCAGAGUGGCAGCUGCGCCUCCGUACAUGGCAGGGGUGCAGGGGGGCGUAAUGGGAAUGCAGAACGGGAUGAUGGGAAGCAUGGCAGCAGUUCCUCAGCAGGCAUAUGGAGCACAGCAGGCCCAACAGCUGCAGUGGAACAUCAGCCAGAUGACUCAACACAUGGCAGGAAUGAAUUUCUACGGUGCCAGUAACAUGGUGGGAUACGGGCAGCCCAUGGACGGGGCGGCUGCUCCCGGUUCAAAUCCAAUGCUCGGGUCGCACGUGUGGAAGUGAUGUCAUAGAGAGAAAGAGAGUGGGACAGCGUGUCUGAAUUGGUUGGGCUCGGUUGGCGCCACGACUGACUGACAGCAGAAGGGGAACAGAUUGUAGGAGCAAACACUUUGGGGAGUUGAUUAGAUGAUCGCAACCGAAGCAUAGUCUCUACCUCCCUCAUUCUCAGAGCCAGAUUCUCAUGCUUGCCUUCAAACAGUAACAUACUCAGAGAGAGAAUAGAAGUGUCAUUCGCAAGGUAGAGUGUGUAUUCACUCUUCAGCCGAAUGUCAGCUUUGAUGUUCCCAAAUGAUGUGUUUUUGCUACAUCCGCUUGAAGAUUUGGUUUUCUGUUUUCUCUUUGAUCAGUGUUAAGAUGCGAUCACAUUUACUGUUUCUAGGCGAAUUUUCACAGGCAAAAUCUGGUUAGGAAUCUGGAAUUGUUUUGCGUGAGGGCGAUUGAUUUCCCCUCGCAGAUUUUGCUUGUGAAUUUGCCACGUUGACCAACAGAAACCUGCUUGGUGUGACUUUUGUGUGAGCUGUGCUUCAUACUUCACUGUUGACAAUAUACAAUUACCCUUUUUGGCCCACAGCGUUUCGCCAAAAUUACGCUAAUGCAACAGCAUCUUUAGUUUCAGUUAACAAAGCUUGUUUCAUUUCUGAAAGACUUUUAUCAUAUAGAUAUAUAUAUGUAACAGUCUAUGUCUCGUCAUAAGCAUGUUUGCAGUCAUAAAUGAACAGCUAGAAGCCAUUUUAGUUAGUAAAGAUCUUAAACUUUGAUACUGCUGGGGAAAAUAUCCAUUUUGUGUCUGUGCUAUCAGGUUCUGCAAUGAUACUCUUGCAUUGUCAUCUUUCUAACGCACAGGGUACAGCUAAGCCACUUUGACUUUGCUUUCUGUCACAUUCGCUCUCAACUCAGGAGAAAUAAAGACUUGGGAGGAUGAGGGUUCUCACAUCCAUCUCAUAGCAGGACAUUCACAUUCAGCCAAAGAUUUAUUAAUGCUCAGCAGUCGGCACAGAUCUUUGGAAUGAUAUGUUCUAGAUGGAUCCAUGCUGCUGUUUGUCGUUUCAGAGCAUU